CCCAGAACCCUGCUUUCGCACCUUCCAUCAUUUCCUCCUGACUUUCAGAGGAGAGGGACAAAGUCCCUGGGGACAGAGCGCUUCUCCCCCUGCGCGGCGUUCUUCCGUCCCCAGGUCUGUGCCAGUGCCUGAAGGAAGAGCCUGGAUGUCCACGGGAACAGCUGUCCACGGGCAAGGCGGCAACAUUGCCCAAGAUGGCAACUUGGACUUGGCUCUGGAGGGGUCCCCCAGGAAAGGCUUUUGCGCAGUCCGCUACUGGCUGGCCGGCCUCUUGUGUCUCUGCAACUGCGUGAUAUUCACCCAGGACAUGAGCUUAAGCAUCGCCAUCCCGGCAAUGGUGAACCACACGGCCUCGCCCAGUGGGCCCAACGCCUCCGCUGGCUCCCAGGACCCACCCUGGGACCCCGUGUACGACUGGGGCCCCGACGUCCAGGGGGUCAUCCUCAGCUCCUCCUCCUACGCCUCGUUCUUGGCCCCCAUCCCGGCUGGCUACGUGGCUGGGGUCUUCGGAACCAAGUACGUGGUGGGCGCUGGCUUGGUUAUCUCCUCCGUCCUGAGCCUCCUCAUUCCAUGGGCGUCCGAUGCCGGAGAGGCCUUCCUCAUCGUCCUGCGGCUUUUCCAAGGUGUAGCCAAGGUCAUGGUGUUCACAGGCCAGUUUGCCGCCUGGGUCAGGUGGGCUCCCCCGCUGGAGAGGACUCAACUCACCGCCAUUGCACAGUCAGGUAACGGGCCCGCUCUUGCCACUGCACAGUCCGGCCUGUGUGGCCCACCUGACCCCGUGUACGACUGGGGCCCCGACGUCCAGGGGGUCAUCCUCAGCUCCUCCUCCUACGCCUCGUUCUUGGCCCCCAUCCCGGCUGGCUACGUGGCUGGGGUCUUCGGAACCAAGUACGUGGUGGGCGCUGGCUUGGUUAUCUCCUCCGUCCUGAGCCUCCUCAUUCCAUGGGCGUCCGAUGCCGGAGAGGCCUUCCUCAUCGUCCUGCGGCUUUUCCAAGGUGUAGCCAAGGUCAUGGUGUUCACAGGCCAGUUUGCCGCCUGGGUCAGGUGGGCUCCCCCGCUGGAGAGGACUCAACUCACCGCCAUUGCACAGUCAGGGUCCCCGCUGGGCUGUUUCCUCAUCUUCUUCUUCGGGGGUCUCGUUUGCCAGACUUUUGGGUGGCCUUACGUCUUCUACAUCUUUGGUGGCAUCGGCUGUGCCUGCUGUCUCCUCUGGUUUCCUCUGUUUGCUGACGACCCCAUGAGUCACCCCUUCAUCGACGCCCACGAGAAGAAUUACAUUGCCUGCUCCCUGGCCCAGCAGGACGGCCCGCCGGGCUGGUCCCUUCCCAUCAAGGCCAUGACCAAGUCCUUGCCCCUCUGGGCCGUCACGAUCUCUUUCUUCUGUGACUCCUGGAACUUGCAAAUCAUGAUGGCCUACCUGCCGACCUACAUCAGCUCUGUGCUCCAGGCCAGCCUGCAGGACAGCGGGAUGCUGUCGGCCCUGCCGUGCGUUGCUGCCAGCGUCUUCGUGGUCCUUGGCGGCCUGCUGGCAGACUGGCUCCUUUCCAGAAACAUUCUCCGGCUCAUCACCAUCAGAAAACUCUUCACAUUGGUUGGGGUGCUGCUCUCAUCUGCGUUCCUGGUGUCCCUGCCCUGGGCCCAGUUCAGCCAGAGCCUGACCGUGUCCCUCCUGGUGCUGCAUUCGGUCUUCAGCAGUCUCUAUCAGGUCGGAGCUGGUAUCAACUUCCUGGACAUCGCCCCUCGGUACUCCAGCUUCCUCAGGGGGCUGCUACAGAUGUUCGCACAGUUGUCUGGGGCCAUCUCUCCCACCGUGGCUGGAUUUUUCAUCAGCCAGGUGAGGCCGAAAGCUCUGGUGAACGUGGAAGGGAGGGGCAGCCAGCCUAAGGGGCCUCUAUCCCUCCUGUACCUGCAGCUCUGCCCUGAGCCCCGAGCACCCCACGCCCCUCACUCCCAGUGGGCUCCCAAGUCCACCGGGCAGGGGUGUGGACGGGGAGCCAUCGGGUUAGCCGGUCUGGCCUUCUCCCUGGUCUUCGGCCGGGCGGACGUGCAGGCCUGGGCUGAGGAGCAGACGCUGACUCGCCUCUGAGCGGCCGCGGCGACCGCUCGGCUGAAACCCGUUUCCGGCGUCUUCUCGGAGACCUUGGCCGUGUGACGGCGAACUGUGACCGUGCGGGGGCUUCACAGGGGAGAAAGGGCAGCACAGGCAUGGCUCACUGCGUCCUGAACACGACACACGCCUGCGGGCUGUGGCCGUCCCCGCCGUCCCCGCCCAGACUGUCUCACCAGAGCGUGACGAGGCGCGUGUGUGCUGCGGGGUCCCCUCGUUGGGAGCCAGUCUGCGCUAGGAGGGUGAGCACGGCCCCCGCGAGGCCCGGCACCACCCGCGCUCCUGGCCCCGUCGGAGGACUGGUGCAACCGGGGGGUCUGGAAGCUGGGCCCAGCGGCCUCCUCCUGGCCCCGGUGUCCCUCACAGCCCCGUGUCAUGUUCUCGACAGCCCCCAGGGAACAUGGCCCAGGCGCUAAGCCAGGCCGGCAGUCCCGGGCUCCCCCACACUCGGGGAGGAAGGCGCACUCUGCUUUGGGCUGAACACUGACAUCCCUUUUUGUAUUUGGAGUUUUUGGUUGGAAUGUGCGCUCGCCAGAGAGACAGAGAGACAGGCCGCUCCGGGGAGCGCGGGCCCGCUGCUGUCCUGCCUCCGUCUCUCCCUCACUUGGGGACGUAGGGCCUGUGUACCCGCGCCCGGCGUUUCUCUAAGCCGCCGGGUCCGAGCAGUCGGCCACGUGGGAUCUGACGACCUCCACCACCAGCCUACGGGGCCGGCCCACGUGUCAGCCACACAGACGUCUUCUCGGGGAGACAGCCACUCCCGCCG